GUUCCCAAACCAGAGGAGAUCGGUGCACCGCGUGCGGUGCUGAAACCUGAGGGCUUCUGGGUAAUUACUGUUGGUCAAGAAGUUGGUAUUUUCUAUCGCUGGUCUGUGACGGACGUUGCAGAACGUACAAACUUUGUCAGUGGGAACAUCCAGAAAGGAUACCCAUCUUUCCAGGAAGCGUUGGAGGCCUACACAGUCCAAUACAAUGAAGGCAGAGUCAGAGCAGUCCCCAUUCCAGGAGGCCCUUACUGGACA